AUGGCUGAACGUGAACCGUAUCCAGAGUUGCAACAGGAAUCUAAAGAGUCGGACCUCUCACGCUUGCCCAACACUACUUUAAUUUCCGAUCCUUUACCACUCCCACCUGGCUACACGUUCGUCGAUUCUCCACCAUCUUUACGGACUUACCUCGAUCUCCGUCGUCUUACUGGCCUCACUCCGAAAACUGAUGCCCAAGGCGAAGGAGCUCUAUCGGGAAGUUGGGUAUUCUGCACUGUCCUCUAUCAAGACCAGAAUCGACCAGUAUCAGAAGCGGAAGUGGUAGCUAUGGGUCGUGUUAUCGGUGACGGUGGAUGGUACUUCGUGAUCGCAGAUAUGGCUGUCCACCUUGCCCACCAACGGAAAGGCCUUGGCGAAGCUGUCUUGCGUCGAUUGAUCGCGAGGAUUAAGGAACAAGCACCUCCUGGUGCUUUGGUGACGCUUAGUGCUGAUGAGAAGGGAAGAGCACUGUAUCGCCGAUGUGGAUUUGUGGAAAGUGCACCGAAGAGUGUGGGGAUGUGGCUGGAUUUGUGA